AUGCUCUCCCUCACAAGCACACUUGCGCUCUGCGCCGCUAUGAUCGGCGUAACUAUGGCUGUAACCUCCAUUUCGGACACCCAAAUGACAACUCUUCUAAAUGAAGGCGGUGUUGGACUCGCCAUGGCCGCUCAGCCAAUGUGGUUCUUCGGACAAGCGAUGAACCAACCUCCUUGUAUUCCAACGCAUGCAGUCGUCAACGGACAGCAAAUGCCUGGCGCGGAGCUUUGCGAAUGGCCUGACGCCGGUUGUAAUUGCCGAAAACCGGGCGUUGGAAUCGGGAACCCGGCGCCUGAUUUUCCAGUCUAUUACAGCUACAGCAAGUGUAAUGACAACGAGGUACGGGUGGCGUAUAAUCUGUUUUAUGAGAAGGAUGGGUUCACGCCGUCUGGCGUCUUUGGACACAAAUAUGACUGGGAGAGGGUAAUUGUCGUAUGGACAAAAGAUUCCGCAAGCAACUGGCAGCCGUCGCAGCUCUUGCUCUCCCAACACUCAGGUUACGACCGCAAGAACUGGGGCGACAUCCAAAACACCUUCAGCACCGUCGACGCAACGCUCCCCCGCGGUGGUGACAAUGGCAGAAAGAACUUUGACCAUCCAAAAGUCUACGUCGCUUGGUCGAAACAUGCCAUCUACCAUGACAGGAACACGGGUUGGAACGAUGUGCUUUCCCAAUUGACGAAUAAUGCAUUUCGGUCUCAAGAUUGGUGGCAUUAUCAUGCGAGCAGCUCGUACAUCCGCGCAGACGGCUCGACUGAGAUUGGGAAGCAGAUGGCUGGGAUGGAUUGGGGAUCGGCCACGAGUCAUCCGGCUAGUGUCCAUAAUGGGCUGUGUUCUGCGUGA